GGGCCGCCCAGCUGGCUUCGAAGUUGCUCUUAGAGGUAUCUCAACGUGCCUCUCCCAGCUAUCCAUCAAGAGGCAGCUGCACACAAAGAUCUCAAAAAUCAAAAAGAUACCUGCGAUACAAAGAUACCUGCUAUGCUACAGUGUCCUGUGCCACAAAAUGGCGGCUAAGCCUAACCAUGACACCAGCUCCAUGUGCAUGGAUUUGCACCCAGCAAGACCAGAGGAGCCCCACCUACCCCAAUCACCCCCUAUGAUACAGGCUGACAUGUAUGAUCUCGCAAUCUCCUGGCAACUAAACUCAACAACAAGGGCGAUGAAAAAUAUUGGUAACCUGCUACAAGAAAUGAAACAGAUAUUCAAUGCUUACCUAAACCG